GUUUUGGCUUCGUUACAUUUCAAAGUGAAGAUGUGGUAGAUAAAGUUUGCGAAAUCCAUUUCCAUGAGAUAAAUAAUAAAAUGGUCGAAUGCAAGAAGGCCCAACCGAAGGAAGUCAUGUUACCAGCUAAUUUAGCUAAAACUCGCGCAGCUGGCCGCUCUGCUUACGGUGAGUUGGUAGUUUGGAGCAGUAAUGGUAACACUAGUUCAGCAGCAGCUGCUGCUGCAAGUGCCGCUGGUGGUGGUGGAGGUGGUGUUGGUGGCGGAAGUGCUACAGCUGCCGGUAUAUUUGGUAGUAAUUUCGCAAUGGCAGCAGCUGCUGCUGCUUCCAUGCCAGGCACACAUCAUCAUCAUCACGCUCAUGCUCAUACACAUGCGGCCCUAUUUGGUAGUGUCGGCUCUGGUGGUGGUGCUGGUAGUGGUGGACCCUCUAACCCUUCUUUGCGUUAUACGCCCUAUCCGUUGCCCACACAUUUUGCUGCAGCUGCAGCGGCGGCUGCUGCCAAUCAGCAACAACAAUUACAUCAACACCAUCAACAGCAGCAACAGCAAAAUUUAGCAAAUGCUGUUGCGGCUGCCGCAGCUGGCGCACAACCCACCCACACAUUCAUACCACUUUCAACAUCAACACCCACUCCCUCGGCAGUAACUGGUCACUCUCUUUUGCAAUAUGCUGCCGCUGCAGCCGCUUCAAAUCCCCACCAGGCCUCGGCUUUAUACGAUGCUGCUGCAAUGGUUGGCUAUAAACGUUUAUUAGCAGCAGCGGCUGCCACACAACUUAGACCCACCAAUGCCACAAAUUCAUUAGCAGCGGCAGCAGCAACUGCCGCAUCAGCUCCCUCGGCUCAGGCACAAUUAAGACCAGGCACGACCACUCUCACUUAUCCCCUCACCGAUUUAUUAUCGGUACCGGGUCUAGAGGUGCCCACCGCCACUCUCUAUCAAUUACAGGGCGCUAACGCCCUUGGAAUCUGACCACCCUCAGCGGUGCUAACACAACUAACACGUCCAUAAUUGAUUUUAACAAU